CAUGCCUCCCCGCCGCCAAAGGCCCACGCCGGGGGCGGCAGAAAGUUUCCGAAGAAACACACGUGAUAACAUAAGUGUGUGUGUGUGUGUGUGCGUGUGUGGCAUUUCCGCUCGCCCCCUCCUCAAAACCACGUGCACGAGGGAGCCUUAAGGGGCGCCAGAGGGGCGUAACGACCUAGCGGCCGUGACCUUGCGCGGACAGACGGACAGGAGAAACACGAGCGGUCAACAGAGCAGCUCGGCGGCCCGGAACCUGCGAGUGACAAUAAAGGACCAAUAGGAGCGCUUCCGCGAGGGGUCCUUCACUAGAAAUUCUGGCGUACAUCAAUUUUUCUGUUUUUCUUGAUUUUUCUUGAUUUUUCUUGAUUAUUUUCUGACUUUUCUUUGAUUUUUUUUUAUUUUUUCAUGAUUUUUUUGGUAAUUUUUCAUGAUGUUUUCGUGAUCUUUUCUAAGGGUGUGCACUGAUUUUUUUGAGUUAAGGACCCCUCGCGCUUCCGGACACCUAUCUCUAUUGCAACUUAUUAACCCGGUGAACUCGCCUUGUUCGCGUCAACAACAAUGGCGGUCGGCGCGCGCUGCUCGGAGACGGUGACGGUGCUGCGCGCCCCGCUCGCCUCGCCGAACUCUCCACCGCUAGCUCCUCUGUCACCUCCUGUCCCCCCAUGAACCCCAACCCCGGCCUGGCGGAGCCCAGCAGGGCGCAGCAGGCGGCCGAGCCGCAGCCCGGGCCCAGCGGCCUGCAGCAGCAGCGCGGCAGGAGCAGCAAGGCGAUCAGGGCGAGCAGGGCGGCGGGGGACAGCACGAGUGACAGCGCGCUGAGCGACAGCGACGCGGACAGCGAGGCGGACAGCGAGGCGGACAGCGAGGCGGACAGCGCCCUCGACGGCGACACCAGCGGGCGCAGCAGCAGCCGCAGCAGCCGGAGCGCCAGCCCGGCGCCCAUGUCGUCGGGGUCCAGCCCCGACAGCGACCUGGACGCGGAGAUGGUGAACAAGGCGGUGAUGCGGCUGCGACGGCGCGUGCUCGCCUCGCCGCCGCGCCCCGUCCAGGACGUGGAGGCCCUGCUGCAGGACGCGGGCGGCGCGAUGCGCGCGCGCGUUCGGGCGCUGCAGCCGCGCCGGGACGUGCCGUGCUGCAGCCUGCCAGAAGGGCCGCAGCGGCGGCGGCGGCGGAGGAGGAGGCCGAGGAGCGCCCGCGGACCCCGGCCGUCGAGGUCGCGAUCACGGUCGCGACCCCAGUCCCGGUCCCUCAGCAGAAAGUCGACCGAAAGCUGA